ACCUGAAGUAAAGACCAUUUUCAAUUUCAGAUAUUAAAUAUGAGCAAAAAGUCGGUCAAACUACGGUCAAGAAAUGUUGCAACUGAUUUUUGACACCGAUGGCCGACAACGCAGCGACAAUUGACAAGCCACUUUUGAGCGGAACAAGCUUGUUUCAGGUCAAAAUAGAGUAGUCUCAAUAUUCGACCUUUAAAGUCCGUUUGCGAACAACACUACACUGAAAAGUAACAUAUUAAUGUGUAAGAUAUAUAUGCAUUUUCCCUUUUCCACGUUCAAAAUUACCCUCUUUGAAUCAAAUUAUCUGUUUGAAUAGCAGGCCUUGCUUCAAAAUGAGCCUCAAAAGAAUACGCAAAAGAUACGUCAUGCUUCAUCAUUUAUUUACGCUCAGAUGACGCAAAAAAAGCAUGACUGCGCUUUCGGAGCAUAUAGAUGCAAUCAUACAACGUUUUCACCUCGAUUUUGGCACGUUUACCAGCUUAACUAAACGAAAAUUUUUAACUAAAUUAAAAAUUAGACCUCCAUCGAAUCAUCUCCGUUUGUUCUCGGGCCAGAGGUACUUUGGAUCCGCUAUUAAUUCUUCUAAAAGUAAUAUCCGGAACAAUAUUCGUGUGCAUCAUAAGCAGUCCUGUUGGAACUGGUUAUCGUUAUUAUUACUCCAACUGACAGUGUUAUUUAUACUUGUGGGUUAUAACCAGAAGGGGGGUGGGGUUAGAGCUGCGUCGUCUUCGGAGUGUCUUCCCUGUUCGGACCCCGACUGGUUUCUGUGUGAGAACUGUUUGUGUGUACCCACUGAGAAAGUGUGUGACGGAGUUGUAGACUGCAGACCUCAUGACUGGUCGGACGAAAAAGGAUGUCCGGUUGAAAUCUACAACGCAACGUGUGGAGCGUCGGAGUUUCAAUUUCCAUGCCACGAUACGUCUCACAUUAGACGAAUUUUGAAUGAAGGUGAAAAUAGCAAAGAGGGGUUGAAAAAACUAUCUCAUCUCGUGAAAGGCUCAGGAUGUAUCCGAGAAUUCUUCAUUUGUGAUGGUGCUUUCAACUGUCCGAACGGAGAGGAAGAGGAUGACGCAAUUUGUUCGUGCCCAGAUGGCUGGUUCCACUGUCUGCAAUCAAACAAAUGCAUUCCAGAGGAGCUACGCUGCAACGGGGUGGACGACUGCGGCGACGGGGGAUCAGAUGAGGAGCAGUGUCUCUGCAAAGGGGUCAAGAAUCUGUGCUCCUCGAUUGUCAAAAACAGUCCAGACUUCCUUGGCUGUGGUACAUUCCAGACAUGUAAUAGUAUACACCCCUGUUUUCCGUUCCUACCUUCUCACGAAAGUAAAUCGUUCUGCGACAGUACAUCAGAACUGUAUGCCUCGGCGUGUAUGGAGCAAAAGGGAUAUUCGAAGUGCUUCGAUGACAAGGGUUUGAUGAGGUGUAUAGAAAGACACCUGCUUUGUGAUGGAAUCCCUCAGUGUAUGGACGCAGCUGAUGAGAAUGAUUGUCCAGGGGUUAACAGACUGAACACCUUACCUGAAGGCUACGAAACAGACUAUGCAAAAGAAGACAGUUGUGUUGGAGCUUGUGAUCACAUUUGUGCUCAAAAAGAGUCGGAAGUUUCGGAGGAGAAGGAGUGCUCGUGCUUGACAGGGUUCUCGCUUUCCACAGUUGACAAAUUCUCAUGCAUCGCAAAAGACAAUUCAAGAUACGACCAAGCGCGUCUAUUUGCAAUAGGAGGAAGUCUAGCCGCACUUAAGUUACCAUCAGAGAAAACAGAGUUGAACGUCGGCGGUUCGAAUCUCGCUGGGGGCAAUCAUUUGUUCAAACCCAAUCCCGAUCCGGAACAUUCCAGAACAUACUUGGAGGGUUUGAGCAGUUCAUCUCCUUUAGCAAUGCACGUUGAGAAAUCACUGCUGUAUUUUGUAGACGAAACACGAGAGAAUAUUGUGAGAUACAAUGUAGUCAGCAUGAAGACUGAAUUGACGAUUAAUAUUGGCAAAAUAAUCGGUGGCAUUGCUGUAGACUGGAUCCACAAUUUACUCUUCUGGACUGAAUCAACUCAAGGUGCAAUCGUAGUGUCUUCUCUUGAUGGCAUCAAAAAUCAAACUCUUUACACCGACUUAAACUAUCCCACAUGUAUAGUAGCAGUACCUAAUAAAGGAGCCCUUAUGGUAUGUGAAAGACCAUUCAUAAAAGGCCGUAUUAUUCAACUGGCAAUGAAUGGAGAUAAAGGGUCUUUACGGGAACUUAUUUCUGGCUCUGAUUCAAGAUGGGCCGACUUACUUCCGGAGACAGCUGCCGGAAAUAAUCUAUUUGAGAAGUUCUCGCCGACAUCUUUGGCCUAUGACUACGUUAAAGAUCUCUUGUAUUUUUGUGACAACCAUUUUUCAAUAGUAGCGGUGCUAGACAUUGAAUCGCAAAGAGCUGACACCUCGUUUUUUGACAUGUUCCUACUCACAACGGAACUGCAGUUCGCAAAUCAAAAGCUGUUCGGCAUCGAGAUUUUCAACAACAGACUUUACAUAAGUGAAACUAGAAGUAAAAUAGUAUACGAAAUGUACCCGUUGAGUGCCAGAAUGAACCCGAGCUAUCCGGCUCCGAUAAUGACGGGAUCCAGCAUCAACCUGUCGCUUCCAAACUCGCAUUCAAUGGACCUGAAAGUGUUCCACAAGUCCAGGCAACCGAUUCGAGAGGAGUUCAACCAUUGUGAAAAGCUAUGUAGUUACUUAUGUCUCCCAACCUACAAAAGUUACAAGUGUAUUUGCCCGAAAGGGUACAGGUUAGUGAUGGAUACGGAGUGUGAACUGAUAAUAGACCCAUUUUUGAUAGCGGCGAACUCGGAAGGUAUAUUUAAAAUUGCUCUGCCGUUAGCGAACUCGCCAAGUGCUACAAAAUUAGUGACUGCUUCGAGUUUCAAUGAAAGGAGUUCCAAUUUUCCGAGUGCCUAUUCGAGAAUCCCAGAAGGACCGGCAGAUAUUGACUGGCACCCUGUUACAAACAGAAUCUACUGGACGGACCCUUCAACCAGAUCCAUUCAAAGUAUCAAUUACGAUGGAAGUGAACAUUCUGUUCUAGUAGACGGCCUCGAGGAACCGUAUGGCCUUGCUGUUGAUUACAUAACUGAAAAGAUAUAUUUCACAGAUGUCAAACUUCACUCUAUAUCAACGAUAGAUUUGGAUCCUAAGAAUCGCCGACGAAUUGAAACGGUACUAUGGGCCGAUAUCUUUCUGCCCAGUUAUGUGGCCAUAGAUUUCCAACAGGGUUAUCUGUAUUGGGCUUGUUCGUCACGUCCUUUUAGAUUGGAGCGGUCGAGAAUGGACGGAUCUGGAAGGGGCACAGUAAUUACAAAAAGUAUGGUUGGCGAUGACUACCAACCGUCCAAAAUUGUCCUAUCUUUGCUUCCCGAGCAUUUUCUCUUUACGACAGGAGAAAAAAUAGUAGACUUAGUCAGCGGCUCGGACCAAGGCGUUUCAUUAGAAAAGGUUUGCUGUAAUGGCAGAAUAGAUGCUAGCGCAAUAUUUGACUAUUUCAAUCACUCAAUAAUAACCACAAAUAUGUCGACAAUAACACAAUGUGCAAUUAACCUCUCCUCUUUUCACAUUUCUACUUCUGACAAAUUACGACAGCCAAACUCCUCGGCUACCUUAGACAAGCAAACAUGCCAAACUUUUAAACCCCACAUUAAAAUUUCCAAUGCGCAAGACCAAUCAAACUCAGAAGGCAAGACUCGGUCCAUUAGCAAUAUUAAAGCUCUAUCUGUCUUCCACCAAGGAAGGCCUCGGAGGAGCGGCCACUUCUGCUCUGACGAAGAAGGGAACCCUAUAUGUGAACACAGCUGUUCCCUCCCUCCUGCAAAUAUCUCAGACCCUGCAUGGUCCAGAUCACCCCUGUGCACUUGUGCAUUUGGCUAUGAACCAAAUCCAGAGAACAGAACCCGUUGUAUUAUUAGACGGAGCGAUGUGUUGCUGAUAUCGAGUGGAAAGAAGAUGGAAGUGGUUUACUUCAAUUCAGAAGGCGUUGUUCAAUACCCGCAAAUAGCGCCAGUAAAACCGGCCGCUCCUUUUUCUCUCUGGCACUACGACCCCUUAUCGAGGAGCGUCGUCUACUUUGACUCUGAUAAUGUAUGCUUGAUUCAGGCAGAAAUUGCAACAGGCAAAGUAGUGAGAAAGUUUUUGAAGUCUUAUAGUACGAAAGCCUUUGCAUUAGAUCAUGUACACCAGCUGAUUUUUUUUGUGGCAAAUUGGGGAUAUAUUCAGCUAUGCCAAGUUCAAUUUUGUGACGAGCCGAGAUAUGUUAGAACUCUGGUGUCCGCGAAUCUUACUGAGCCGAGAUCGCUACUCGUGGAUCCGAACCUUGGACUUCUUUUCUGGGACGACAUAAAGCAGGUCCCGGUUGCUGCAAGCUCGAAAUUUAUUCACAACAAAAGUUUUGAUGUUCAUGAAGUUAUUACUCAAAUUGACAUGUCUGGAGAUCCCAAUUCAAGACGUGUCUUGUUGGAUGUCUGUGUUACAUGCGAUAUUGAUGCAAAUGAGUUCAAAGAUUUGAGAAAUAUUUUCCGCCCACUUUUGACGAUAGAUUUGCAGAAACAAACGAUUGUUUUCACGAAUGAAGGCGAAGUGCUUAAUACGGUGAAGUAUUUCUCAUCGGAAGUUAGAGCGUGGCCCAAAGUUGAUCAGACAGUCUCUUUUAAAGAUAUUGGAAACAGAGUAUCGGAAACGGGAAUGGCUUGUCUCGACGGACUGAUAUACUUUAUUGAGUCAGCCACCGAUCGCAACAUCCAAAUAGUCAAACACGGACUCAUCACUGGUUUUGGAAAUAGUCCCAUGUACGAAAAGAUGGAGGAGCCAGUAUCUAGACUGGCAGCUUACUCCCAUGUAAAAAAAAUCACCGACCAGUGUGCGGACAUACAGUGCAGUUACAUAUGUGUACCCACAUACACGGGAGAGCCGAGAUGUUUGUGCCCCCCAGGAGUGUGGCUAUCUGCGGAUGGAGUUACAUGCGAGGGGGAGCCACGUCAGUUCAUCAUUACUCCCAACUCCCUCCUCCUUCCUGAAGUGACAAAUUCGAACCCCUACCACUCGACUAAGUCUCCCACUAAAGGGGUAACACAGUUUACAUGCCAGAGUGCGAAUUAUGCUGACAAAAUAGGCAGUCCAGUUGCCAUUGAUUUUCACUACAAGCAAAAGUUUGUCUUCGUCGCCACAAAUGAUAAGAUCUACCGUUUUGACUUCAACCUAAACAAUCCGACAGUGAUUCAAGAAUUCCCAGAUCGACCGAGUUAUAUACUGGGUUUGGCAGUAGACUGGAUUGCGGACAAUCUUUACUGGUUGACCAUAGAUGGAAUGUUUGUAUCGCGCCUGGAGAAAGAUUCACCCCCAAUCAAGCUCAAAGACUUCAAGGCUUCAAACGGAAUAGGCGCUCUUGCUGUGCAUCCGCGGCGGUCCUUCGUGUUUUGGAGCCAUCCAGCGCUUUCGGACGGAAUCUACAAAUCAUAUAUGGAUGUCGAUAUGGUGUCCCACUUUUGGAACGACAAGUCAAACCCAGAUCAUAUGACUAUAGACUAUGAGAACAAUCAUAUAUACUGGCUCAUGCGGGAUGCAUCUAAGCUGUUUUUCUCCGAUCUAGAGGGUCAUAAUAUCCAGACCCUAGACCAGCUGUUCCAGAAGCCACUGGCUUUGGCAGUUUUGGGCAACAUCACUUAUUGUAUGGACUUGAGGCCUUCGACUGCAAACUCGGCUCCCCAUGUCACUCUUAAACAAUGCAAUCUGAAUUCGCUGUUUAACCCGAUGCUUCAACCUACGCAGAAUUCGCUGUUAGACCGACUGAGUUCGAGUGAUAAUCGCAGUUCGGAUUUCUACGAAGAGUUGUUAGGUCCCAACUUGAAUAUGUCCUCGCUGUCUCGGUUAUCUUUGAAUGAUUCGUUCUAUGGCUCUGUUGGAGGAACUGGAUUUGCAGAGACGCUCGAUCCCACCUGUUCCUCUGUGGAUGCAUGCAAGAUGAAUUUCCAGUCUGCAUCUUUUACUGCUUUGACAUUUGUAUCACCUCUCCAACAGACAGGCCUCAUGAAAGAUUCACGUGUACACCCAUGUGCUGUGAAUAACGGAGGCUGCGGUUUCGUUUGUCUUGCUACGCAAUCUGGACGCAAGUGCAAGUGUCCCAACCUGACGGUUUUUUGUCAUUCUGGAGAAACAUACCUGCCUCCCAAUGUCCUCGAACCCUCUGAAGAUUUGCCCAGAGUACCUCCGGCUACUUUGGGACCAGCCAUGCACGCACCAGAUUUCCAGGAACAGAUUCAGAUGGUGCUGAUCAUAGUCGUAUGUGCUGCUGCGAUUGUUAUUUUGUUGAUAGUCUCCGUUAUAGUAUGCAUCCGCAAAUACUACCCUCAAACCCUCCCCCCAGACCACUACCAUCCCCACCCUAGCGCUCAGAACAAUUACAUACAUCACACACAUAAAGUGUCGACUGGGGCUCAUUUUUCACCCGGAGGAGCGAUUGUGAACCCCCGCAUUCCACUCAUGGGGACCCUGAGAGCUUCGACUCCCUACAUCGCCAUGGUGCCCCCACCCGGAACCACUCCUCGCAUGCCAGGGGCAACUGCUGUCGUGCAUCAUAACGCAUUCAACGGAACUGUCUACCACUCGUUGCCUCGCAGAAGUCACUGCUCGCUGGCGCCGGAUAAUUACGUAAUGCCGCAGAACUCGCGCAGGUACAGCACGCAUUCGCUGCAACGCAAUUCAAGGUUUGCUCUUCACCAGCAGCAGCAGUCGCUUCCUCACAACUACAUUGAACUUCAAUCUCAUCAAUUCUCCAUUCCAACCGGACCCGCAGGCCAAAAUUCCAACUCAAAUCAGUCUGCGAGUAACAGCAUUGGUGGUUCCACUGCUACGUAUGUCUGGACACCAAGUCAUAUGACUAAGACUCUUUCCAACAAGAACCUCAAUAAAGCGACGCUGAAUCACUACCAGCAGCAGAUCCAGCAGCAACAUAAUGUGUCCCACUCCCCCACCGCCAGUUACAGCAGCCAGGGUAGCCGCAACACUGUCAACAGUGGAACUCCGACAAUAUUAGCCUCUAGCGCUCAGCAGCCCCUAGUGAUGAUGGCACAAGUCAUUCCAUUCCAAGCUUUACCCUCGUACGCUGCUGCAGGCCUCACACCCGCCGCUACGCUCCGCCGGGGAAGUGGGGCGUUGGGGGGAAUGGAAAUGCUGCAUAGGGGAGGCAAUGUGUUGGGGUCCAGUUCGAACUCGGGAAUGAUGUCGACGCCGAAAACACGCUCCUCGGUUUCAUCAGUUAAAACUGACAACAUGGAAUGCGAUUGGAAAGAAGAAGGCGGUGUGGUGGGAAGGGGUGCUAACACAACAACUAACCACUAUUCCCAGUUGUCUCAACUUUCCAAUAGCAUGAGUCCCUCGCAACAAUCGGUGUCGAAAACCACGAAUAACAAAACUAAUACAACGACAGCAAACAAAAUGGUGCAGCAGAAAUCUGAAGAGUCGUCGCUGACGUAGUUGCCUCAAACUGAAAAGUCCAAACUUUUUUAAAAAAACUUAUAUUUUCACUAAACUAAAUAUCUGACACGCCCAGGCUGCUAAACCUGUUAAGGCCCUAGAAUUAAUGUCAAUUUGGAAACGAAAAUUUUUAUUUUUUUGUGAACACUCAACUUACAAAAUGGGGCUGCAAGUGAGUUUCUCAAGUGCUUUGCGCGGAGAAGAAAAAUUUAGCUAAUGAUGUAAUUUGAUGUCAUUUGUAAGUAGGGCAUGCCGUUCAAAAUUUGCAAUCGUAGUUCUAUCUGUAUUUCUUUCCUCGGCCAACUAGUAAAUUGUCAAAUUGCAAUUCGAAAUAAAAAUAAAAAUUCAAAUUGAAGGUUAGUUUAAUUAAUUAAUAGUUCGUUUCAUACCUCAAAUGUGUUUCUACGCAGUAUCGAAAAAUCAGACUCUGUUUAAAACGCCUUUAUUUUUCUUUUUUACUAAUCGUGAGAGUUUGAUUUGUGUCGAUGUUGCAGCAAUUGUAUGCUCAAUAGCGUAUAAAUUUGCCCCAUUGAAAAAGCUAAGCUGUUAUGCCUUUCCUUUGGUCAGUUUUUGAUCCAAAUGUUCGUGUUUUUGCUGUAUUAAACUUGAUUUUAUAAAAAUCUAUCUAUUCACUUUGAAAUCUAAUUGAAUACUUCGUCCGAA